AUAACCCGCAAUGGAUAAAUACAAUUACCACCAAAGUGAAGAGCAGAGUGAGAAUCCAUUCACAGAGGAUACUAAUGAUGAAGGAGAUGUCCAUCUGGAAGCCUGAAAACCCCUCUAUUCAGACAUUGAACAUGAGCUUGAAAAUGCAGAUUUGGGCCAACCCUUAUCUUUGAUAUACUUUGAUGAUAAGGAAGGGUAUAAAAUCACAGAAGAAGGGACUGAGUUAUUACAGAACUUAAACGAAAACAUAGGUGUCAUUGCUGUGGCAGGGAAGUACAGAACUGGGAAGAGUUAUCUCCUUAACAAGAUUAUUCUACAAAAUAACAGCAAUUCUGGCGGCUUUGGAGUUGGUCCGACUAUAAACCCAUGUACAAAAGGUCUCUGGGUAUGGAGUAAGCCUAUUAUUACCAAAUAUAAACAAAAGGAUCUCAAAGUCCUUGUAAUUGAUAGUGAAGGGAUUGGUGCAUUGAAUGAAGAUGCUAACCAUGACACUAGGAUCUUCCUGCUGGCUUUGUUAAUAUCCUCAUACUUCAUUUUCAAUUCUAUGGGAACUAUUGACGAAAGUGCCUUACAGAAUAUUUCUCUGAUAAUAAACCUAUCAAAGGAGAUCCAAGUGAAAGAAAGAGAGCUGAAUACAAAUACUGAAGAGAUCCCAAAAUAUUUCCCAUCCUUUCUUUGGGUGGUCAGAGACUUUACCCUUAGACUAGUUGAUUCUCACGGAAGUGAGAUAACUUCUUCUGAGUAUCUUGAGAAAGCACUAGAGUUACAAAAAGGUACAUCAGAUUCAACGGAGAAUAAGAAUAAGAUUAGAAGAAUGAUCAAACACUUCUUUCCUAAGAGAGACUGUGUCACUCUUGUCCGUCCAGUUGAAGGAGAGAAAAUGCUUCAGAAUUUGAACCAAAUGCCAGAAGAUGAGCUCCGCCCUCUCUUUGUAAAACAGCUGAAGUCAGUUCAGGAUAAAAUUAGAAAGAAAGUUGAGCCUAAAAUGCUUAAUGGGAAGAUACUGAAUGGACCAAUGCUUUUGGAAUUAUGCAAAUCAUACCUAAAUGCUAUCAAUAAAGGAAAUGUGCCAUGCAUCGAGAAUGCAUGGAAUUAUGUGCUAAAAUACGAAGCUGAAAAAUUAAUGAACUCUUUAGUUAAAGAGUACACCCAAUGAAUAGAUUCCUUGCUCCCUGAAGAUACUGAAGAGUCUUUGUUAUCUCUGCUUUCAGAGAUCCACAGUGAGAUUACCCCAAGCAUCAUCGAAAAGUUUCAAAGCAAUGUGAUUGAGGAGGAUUCUAGAGAACUUCAACUACAACUCUGUGAGAAAAUCGACUUCGCAUAUAGCAAAUUUUACAAAACUUGAGAAAUCAAGGAGCAAACCAAGAGCAGAACUUUCCUUGCUAAACAUAGAGAAAGCAUUGAAAGAAAACUAAGAAAGUUCCAGAUAAAGUCAAUGCCGGCAUUUAACAAAGAACUCUCAACUCUUAAAGAACAAUUUGAACUCAAAUUUCCUAAUUUCUCAUCUGAAAACAGUGCCAAAAUCUGGCAUUCAGGUACAGAAAAACUGAUUCUGAAAGCUGGUGACUACAUUUCCAAAGCAAUUUCGGAAAAAGCCAAGGAAGAGUCUGGGCUACUAAGGGCUAAACUUCAAAACCUCCAGACCUUGUACGAGAAGACCUCUUUAGAUCUUGAACAGGAGAGGGCUCAAAAGACUAAAGAAAUGAGGGAAAUAGAGAAAUAGAAACUCUACUCUGAAAUCUACUAUAAAAGUUAUCGAAGAAAAGAUGCAAAUGACUGAGUCUCAUAAGUCCAAAGAGGUCGAAAAACUCAAAUCAGAGAUGGCUGAAGCUGAGCAACAACUCCAACACAAAUAUCAACAACUUCAACUUGAUAAUGAACAACUACAGCAAGAAAAUGAGAAGCUUAAGAUGAAUAAUGAGAAAUUAAGAGAUGAAAAGUACCGUCUACAAGAGAAAACACAAAAGUUUAACUCACAGCUACAAGAGACUAGGGAGAAAAAUUAUCAGGAAAUACAAGACCUUAAUGACCGAUAUGAGCAAAAAUUGAAGAAUCUGAACUCUAUUGGUGACCAGAAACAGAAAAUACACAAGGAAAGUAUCACCCCAGAGUUUACUAAGUUCUUUGAAAAGCAGGCUGAAGAGAAUAGUAGUUUGAAAAAGUGAAUCCAAGAUCUAUUAAACCAGAAAAAUGCUGAAUCUAUUAGCGCGGAUGAAGCUGAAAUUCAAGAGCUACGUCAAAAGGUAGAAGCAUUGACUGAAAGAUCAUCAAAAUUUGAGAAGAAAUACAAAGAAGCGAAGGUUUACUACAGGUUAUUUAGACACUGCUCCUUGAUCCAAUGCAAGUAUUGUAACAAGUAUUACAAGCAGGCUGCAUUUAUGACCCAUUCUCAGAGUUGUUCUUUGAGCCAAAUAAUCCCAAAACAGAAGGAGACUCUGUCUAAUAUUGAAAUAUGAAUCACCCAAACUCUGAUUAGAGAGGAUGAGAACAUCAAGAAGCCUUUCACUAUGUAUGUAAUUGAAACUACACUUGGUGAGGAAAAUUGGAUGAUCCAGCGUAAAUAUAAAGAAUUUUGAUCUCUUAAUGAAAAGUUAGUAAGGUUCUUCCCUACAGUCGAGCUUCCAGAGUCAGCCUCACAGUUUUUCAACAAGUGUCUUGAGGACUUACUGAAGAAGAAGAGAACAAUGGUUGUAGAACAGAGAAGAAAGAAUCUCGAGAAAUAUCUUAAUGAUCUUGCCAAGAUAGCAGUCAUUAGAGAUUCUACAUACUUUACCGAAUUCAUAGGCUACCAAAAUGAAGAAGGACAUACUCACGUUCUCAAAGAGAUUGGUACAAAGAGUGUGAACUUAGAAAGUACCAGAAUGGAUCAAAUUGCAGCAAGGUAUACCUCAUAAAUCUAUCUCAGAUUUCUGUGAUUAAAAUUUCAAUAAAUC